AUGCCUCAUCUUAUAAUUGAGAUGUUCCGCUUUGAGCACCAGGACUCUGCUAUAAACCCACCUGAAUUAGUCGUGAGCAUCAUACCAACCGUCUCGUUGAAGAAAUUUAAACGAGUAAAUACGCAGUGUUUUGAGAUUUUGCCAUCACGUGCGCUACAGGUUGAUCGACGAUAG